AGAUUAACAAUUUUGAAAGAUUUAUAAUCUUUCUUCGAGUAAGAAAAAUAUUUUUCUCAAUGGUUUCAAGUGAUUAGAAAGAUUUGAAUUUUAAUUCGUUUAUUUGUCUAUUACAUCUUGCGCAUUAUGUCGUCUCCACAACGUAAAACCGAAUGUAAUCUUCGCAGCAAUGGGCGUAAUUCGAAUACGCGUUUCGAAUAAAUUACAACUUCCAAGAAGUAGCUAGCCUCGAGAAAUCGUUAGCGCUUACGUUGAAGUUUCACGGACACGUUCCUGCUAAAAGUUAUUUUGUAUCUCUAAUACGUAGCUACUUUUCUUAUGCAGAAGACCGAAUGAUGACUCUUUUCUAUUUAUCAUUUGGCGCGUAAGCAGUAGUACUAUCUGAGGCGGCCGAUGUGAAAUUUAUUUUCGGAAUACGAUGACCAUUUUUGCAUCGUCGAAGCACCGACAGAGGGAAAUCUUGUUUCGAAUCAUAUUGAAGAUGAACAGUAGAAGAAACCUUUAAGUAUAUUUGCUUUUUCUUUUCUAUUUAUAUUUAUAUUGAAUAUACAAUACAAUAAAAAGUGUGAGAGCAAAUAAAUCAUGGAUAAAGUACAAAGUGCUACUUAUAUUGGGGUAGAUACCCAUUUAUUAGAUUAUUGGGAAGAAUAUCAGAAAAUGAUUGAAGAAACUAAGAUGUUAGAUGAUUAUCUUGAUGAAGAAUGUCCACGAAAUUAUGAUGAAGGUGAAGAGGAAGCUGAAUGGUUACGUGCCGCAGGCUUAGGAGAAUUAACUGAGCCAUGGAAAGCAGGUAGAGAAGUUCAACCAGAAGAAUUAGGAGCUGCUUUACGUCCUCUUUCAAGAGCACAAGCAGAAGCUGUAAAACGAAGAGUUAAAUCUCUCAAUCAUACCGUUAAACAGCGUUUCAAUCAACGACAACGUGUAAGGAAACCAGACAUCAGAGAUGUGUUCAAAGAUGUGGAGAUUUCCAGUACAGGCACAAGAUCGAGAAGCGCUACACCUGAUUCUUUAGAUUCUAUUCCAGGCGAAACACCAGAAAAUGCUUCACCUCCUUCACAACCAUCAAUAACUGUAAUUGAUCAUCAAACAAGUAUCAAUGUUCCCAGUUUUGUAUCAAUAUUUCAUCGUUCUUCAAAUGAAGGAAAGGAGACGGUUAGAAGAACACCAAGUGCACCAACAACAGCUACAAAUUCUGUGCCAGUUUUGACAAAUGCUCCAGUUUCUGUUCAAGAAAUCUUUAGGCGUACUGGUCAUUCCUCUCGAGGAGAUGUUGCUAAUGAUUCCGAAGGUAUCCAGCUGACUGGUUAUCACAGAUUAGGAACAAUACAUCUUUCUAGACCACCUAUUCAAAAACGUAGUGGUAGUGAUCCUAGUGAAGUAGCAAAUACAGCAAACUUAGAUAAUGAAAAUAUUGGAAAAUUAACAGUUUCUAAAGAUUCGACAUUGCGAAGAGCUUCAGGAGGUCAUGCAACUGUUUCUAGGAGUCAUAGUAGUUUGUAUGGUUUGUCAACGUCUAAAGAUGAGAAUUUAUUAUCUCAUCCAUUAAAUCGUACUUCGUCGCAUGGUCAUCUGAGUUUUGAACAAAUGUGUAGGGCAAAUGAAACAAAGUCACAAGUGUGGGUAACAGAAAAUCUUCCAACCAAUGAUGGUUUUUCUCAACAACGUAUAGAAUCACUAUCCCAACGUGAUUUAACACGAUUACAGCCACUUUUGUGGCUUGAACUCACAGCAGUUUUUGAUAAAUAUAAUGUACCUCUUAAAAAACGUAAACCAAACAAACGUAGGAGAAAAGCUGGGAAUUUGUUUGGUGUAUCGUUAUCAACUUUAUUACUCAGGGAUAGCCAAUUAACAAAUGAAGAAAGUAACAUUCCUUUAGUAUUCCAAAAAGUUCUCAGCGAAUUGUCUAAACGUGGAGUAAAAGAAGAAGGUAUUCUUAGAGUUGGUGGUCAUAAACAAAAGGUUGAAUUGAUAUGUACAGAAUUAGAAACAGAUUUUUACAGCAAGCCAAAGGAAAUUGAUAAUUUAUUUAAACGCAUACCAUGUCAUGAUCUUUCAGCAAUUCUUAAAAAAUUAUUACGUGACUUACCUCAACCGCUUCUUACAGUGGAACUUAUGGAUGCUUUUUACCAAAGUCAUGAAGUAAAGAAUCCUACCGAUUUGUCAUAUUCUUUAAAUUUAUUGGUGCUACUUUUACCAAUAGAGCAUCGAUGCACGUUAAAAAUAUUGUUAACCUUUUUUAAAUUGAUUAUCGAUAAUCAGAAUUCAAAUAAAAUGUCAAUUCAUAAUGUAGCGAUGAUAGUAGCACCAUCGCUAUUUCCACCACGUUAUGUGCAUCCAAGUGAUCGUUCUGAUUUAAAUGCUCAAGUUAAUAUGGCUGCCAUAUGUUGUCGGGUAACAGAAGCAUUACUUAUUAAUGCCGACAAAUUAUGGUAUGUACCAACUAAUCUUAUAAGUCAAAUGCGCAGACAGUCCGAAGAAGAAAAAUAUCGCAAAUACAAAAAGAAGUAUUAUUAAUAACAGUAAUCAGCAGAUUAGUAUCGUACUGUUCAAUUGGUUGGAGGAUAUAGAAGUAUAGUAAUAAUACCUUUGGUGCCUCUUAAUUAUGUUAACAAGAUUUCUAGGUCAAAUUUGUAUUUUAGAGACUAAGUGAAAUACGAUUUGAAAGGAUUGUUUUGAAAUCCUUUGUGUCCAUAUGUAGUCAAAAGCGGAUUUUUUGAUAUACCUCAUAUUUCCGAUGAUCAUUCCUGCAUUAGUCUGACGUAUAUAAUAUAUUCUAAGUUCGUUUGAGAUCAAGUGCAGUAACUCAUUUAGUUAACAUAUUUAAACGUGCAAUAGUUCAAGAGAAAAGAGAAGAAAGAAUGUAGAUUUUAUUCUCAUAGUUUGAUAAAAAUUUUCUUUUAUAAAUAUUUGCCUUGUAGGAGUCUAGUAUAGUAGUUUAAAAAAGUUUUUGUUCUUUUUUUUACAAUAAAGUAGAUUUAACGCUAUAUAUUGUAUAAAUGACCGUAAUUAUGUCCGUGAUUAAUUUAUUUGUUAAUAUUAAUCACAAAAGUUGGAUCUCGCCCACUGAGUAUUGUUUCAUAUUACUUAAGUAAUUAUGUGUUACAUUGUUGAGUAAUAGGUAGAAUCGGCGAACGCAUUUUUUUCAAUAUUUACUAUUAUUAUUAUUAUUAUUAUUAUUUUUUUUUUUUUUUUAUGUUUUGUAUAUCUAAAAUCGACAAUAAUUUUUACUUGUGAAGUAAGAAUUACUCAUUAGAUGAAUUAAUUACGGUCGAUGCAAUUAGUUAUUAUUACGUGCUAUAAUUUUCUAACAAUAAGUUCAUUUCUUUUAUAAUUAAUAUUUAUUAUAAACUUAUUUUAUUGUUGCAAGUGGAUGUCUCGAUCCGAUGCAAAAAUGACAAAUGAUUUCUUUAUUAUAUAUAAUUUAUUAAUUUUUUUUAUACUAAUGGAAAUCAUUUUCAGAAUUAAUUGGAUAAAAAUCGGAUAGUUGAUUAGAUUCUUUCCAAUUUAUUUCUUCUAUUGAUUUUUACUUAUUAUAUACACACGCACACUCACACAUACAUACAUAUAUAUAUUAAUGCUAAUUUAAUAUACAAUACGCGAUUGGAUUAUAUUUAAAUAUUGAUUUCAUAUUUCACUUUUGUGAAAGUCGUUUUUCUACGCCAUAUAUAAUUUUUAGAAAUUUGUAUAUAACAUUUUGCACAUUGUUAUUUCGAAUUAAUAAAGUGCCAAAGAAAAGUA